AUGAUGUAUGGAGAUAUAACUCUAGCAAAAAUAUGCGGCACCAUUGCAGCGGACGAGAAGCUGCAUGAACGAGCAUACACUAAAAUUAUUGAAAAGUUAUUUGAAAUUGACCCAAAUGCUACAAUGACGUCUAUGGCAGAAAUGAUGCGCAAGAGGAUUAAUAUGCCAGUACGUGUUCUAUUUGAUGGCAAAGAUCACAAUCUUGCAGUACACCUUAAUAUGGUCACUCAAAAGACUGGCUCUUAUACCGUCAAGGAUUAUGGUGAUGUGGUGGACUUCUUCAUCAAGAGAUGGCAUGUUGAAGAGAUCACUAGAUUAUCUGAUAAGGGAAGACAAGCACAAGAGUAUAUUUGUGGAUUUUCUGCUAGUAUAAGAAAAUUGGAAGAGCGAGUUCAACAUAAAAGCACUAGUGGAGAAACUUCAAAAAUGUUGCAUUUCUCUUGGAUCUUCAACAAGGAAGUUAAAGUUUAG